GUCGGUACAUUAAGAAAAAGUUCAUGUGGGCAGAUCAGAUUCGCUGAUGAUCAUCCCCACCAGAGCUUCUUAGAAUUAACAGAACAAUGCCUAAUGCCAACACCGCGCCAUAAAGCGAUUCAAAUUCAGAAAAGAUACACAAUAAAGAGGGAAAUUUAUUCAUUAAACUGUAGGGAUUAAAAAUAGACGCGGAGACUGCAUUAGAGAAGCUGUAACGUUACUGUUUUUUGGCACAACUGCACCUUUCCAGAGGAAAACGAACUAUCAAGAUGGCUGACUCUAGCACUGGCAAGCCUAUUAUGGUCACUUCCUCUGUCUCCCUCAAAAUGACUGCCCCUUCUUUCUACAACCAACCCAAAAAGUUUGCGUCUGUCGCUCCACCACGCCCCAAAGGACAGAUGGCCCCAUCACAGCCGUCAUCGUUUGUAAGCACUGGUGUUAUUGGACGAGUUGGAGAGAUGCCCCCGCCCCCUUCAACUCUUUGCGAGGACUUCCCGCCCCCUCCUCCUCCACCACUGGAUGAUGCAGAGCUUCCAGCCCCUCCUCCAGAAUGCCAAAUCACACUCCCUGCAUCUGAUGCCCCUCCUCCUGCGUUCCCAGCCCCGCCCCCUGUUGCAGAAGACCUGAACCUCCCUGCACCUCCCGAGGAAUUAACCUCUGCACCUCCUGCCUCCUUCCCUCCACCCCCACCACCUCCUCCUCCUCCUCUCCCUGAGACCGGUGCAGGCGUCAGCUCUCAGAGGGUGUUUGAGAAACAGACCAGUUUUGACAGGCAGCUGGGCACUUUGACCGAUAUGUUAUCAGAAAUGGAGACGAGCAGACCUUUCAGUCCAAAGUUGCCUAGCCAGUUUUCAUCAGCACCAGCGCCGAAGCCUGCAGCGCCUCCACCGACCGCUCCUAAACCCACCCUCUCCUUUCUGCCCCCUCCUGAGCUGCAGGAUCGUCCUCCCCCUGCACCUUGGGCUGAGGAGCUACGUGCCCGAACACGACCGGCCAAUCAGAACACAGCAUCUGCCCCUGCCCCUGCCCCUGCCCCUGCCCCUGCCCCUGCCCCUGCCCCUGCCCCUGCCCCUGCCCCCGUGCAGUCAUUUCCUAAAGGCCCAGCUGUGGCUCCAAAGACCAACUUCCCUCCCAGUCAACUGAAUUCAAAUUUUGGAUCCAAAACCGUUAGUCCUGCGCCUACUGGAGGAGCAAGAGGGUUUAACCACGCCGUUAAAACCCCUCCCCAAAGCUCUUUCCCACCACCUCCACCUGCCGCCCCUCCUGCCCCCGUUCCUCCACCAGCGAAUAUUCCCACCCCUGCACCUACUUUCAAUCACUCUGAAAAAUCUCCCACUGGCUGUCAGCAAAGCUUUGCUCCGCCUUCUCCUGCUGCACCCAAGACAUCACCCGUCUCGUCAUUCAACAGACCAGCAGGAAAGACUGUUCCCCCGAAGGUGUCUGGUUCAGGUUCAGGUUCAGGUUCAGGUCCUGGUGGAGCUCCUCUCACUAUGAGGGAAGUAGAAGAGCUGGAGAAAAUGACCAAGGACUUUAUCAAAGACAUGGACAAGCAUCCUCCUGUGAUCGCCUCUCCAGCUACAGAGGUGUGUGGUAACUGUGGAGAGGCUCUGUCUAGAUCUCAGCCAGCAGUAAGAGCGAUGGAUCAACUCUUCCACUCGCACUGUUUCUGCUGCGUGACCUGUCAGCGCCCCCUGCAGGGCAUGCAGUUCUACGACCGGGACGGGACGCCUCAGUGUGAGGACUGCUACACGAAUUCUCUGUGUGUGUGUUCUCGCUGUGGGGAGCGGAUCAAAGAUCGUGUGCUGAAAGCGGUGGGCCAGUGUUUCCAUGCCCACUGUUUCCUCUGCACUACCUGCGGCUGCACCCUGGAGGGCGCUCCAUUCAUCACCGAUGAUGAUAACAACCCCUACUGUGUCAAAGAUUACCAUCGCCGUUUCUCUCCUCUUUGCGUGAGCUGCAAUGAGCCGAUCAUUCCCGACCCUGGAAGUGAGGAGACUCUCAGGGUGGUUGCCUUAGAGAAGAACUUCCACCUGAAGUGCUACCGCUGUGAGGACUGCACUCGUCCUCUUUCCAUAGAGGCAGACGCUGAUGGCUGCUAUCCGUUGGAUGGCAGAAUUCUGUGCAUGAAGUGUCAUACCCAGCGUGCCAAGCAGGCCAAACACUGAUUGGUGAAACUUGCCGCAAACCAAAUUGAAAACACAUAAUUGGCUCAGCGUUGACAAUGAAUUUUCAGUAUGUGUUUGUGAGUGUUGUACUUCUCUCUUCUGUCUCACAUUCUCAGUCUCCUCAUGUUUCGCCUAUCCUCAACAAAGUUCUGCUGCUUUCUCUGAAUGGCCUUAUUCAGAGUUCGGUUAACAGCUUGCCCUCUUUGCCCUGGCUUUUUUCUGCUAGGGCUUGAUGUGUGCGAGCACAGUGUUAGUGCCUCCCUGUUGAAUGUUAAAUGCAACACAAUUUUUACCCCUAGAUUGAUAUGUAAAGUGUUAGAGAAAUGAUUUUUAGGCUUGAAUUUUUACUGUAGUGGCUGACUCAGUGCAGAGGUAAUGUACUGCACUGCCGUCUCAGUUCAGCGAGCUGUACGACUCCCAGCAUGCCUUGAGAAAAACUCCAAACAUCCAUAAAUUGUACCACAGCUACUGAGGCGAGAUGUAACCUCUGUAUAUCCACAACCAUCCAUGCACUUUCAAUAAGGCUUUCCGAAACAUACCUUGUAGUUGAUGAGAAGGGCUCUGUGUGAAAUGUGUCCCGACAAAUGUAAAAUAAGCAAAAACCAAGCUAGGGAAAGGCGAAAGAACAACGCAAUUUAUCUAUUUGUCAUGCAUGCUUAGUUUCUAGAAGCGUUCACUUGUAAAUGAACAAAAAUUUUUCAAAAAAGCACAUUUGUUUUGUCCUAAAACGUAUUGAACAAAACAUGUGAUUAUACAGUUGAGUAAGUUUGCGUUGAUGAUCAUAGCCAGUGUCAGUUCAGUUGGUUUUCUUUCCACAUAUUCCCAGAGGUAUUUAGUGAUUGUACACUUGAAGGUUCGAUUUGACGAUUAAUAAGUAUUUCCAAAGAAAAGCACAUCAGUCACUGAGCCUGUUAUAUUUAAUAAUAAGUCAUAAAUGUGACAUUGUAGCUAAAGCUUCUUUGAAAACAUCUGGAUAAUAGAUCGUAUUAUCUACGCAAAAGCCUCAGAAUAUACUUAACUAGAGCAUUUUGGUUAUACAUAUAGCAAAAUUCAUUCAACAUUACAAAACUGUACAGUUCGUUUGAUCAUUUUUGUUUAAAAACAACAGUGUUACUUACUGUAGAAAAACCAGCAUGUUUCUGAACAGAUUGAAAUAUUAGAUUUUUAACUGUCAGCAUUCCCUGUCAACAUUUGGCGUUUUAGUUCAUUUGUUUAGUUUUUUUAGUUUCGCGUGUUGUCGUGUUUUUCAUAGCAGCUACUCUCUCACUAACACCACUUAUUUUGGCUUUAAGGUAGCACUGAUAUUAUUUUGAGAAUUGCAUCUGUAUUUACAUCCGGUAUCUCAGAAAGGUUUUAUUUAUCUUUGCACCUCAAUGCGUGUUCCCUUCCUGGCGUUGUAUCUUGACUUUUGACUAACCAAGAAAUUCUCGUAUGUAAUAAUCUAAUAAAACGAUGGCUGCCAUCAUAAAAAAAAAAUAAAAAUGACUUGACCAAAUCCAACACAUUAUGCAUGAUUUGUAGUUAUUGUUAUUACAGUGUUUUUUUACAUUAUGUUGCACGGUUGCCUCAUUUCCAUGCUGUUAUCACAAUACUGCUGAUUUCAGUAAGCCGUCAUUGACCAUUUGAACACUUAUGGUUUAGCCUUUAUGUAUUUACCAUUCAUCAGUACUUUGUCCGUUGUUGUUUUGUGCAAACUGAACAUCUAAAUUCCUCUCUUAAUAUGUGAACGUGUGUAUGUUUACUGUCGAAAGUAUGCCAAACGUGUUAUUUUUGCUAUCAUUGUUUUCCUUCCAUAUUUGUACUGUAUUCUGAACUAAUAAAAGUAUCAAGUUGACAAAUGGA